GGCAAGCCGUAAUUCCGGGCAAUGGAGGCUGACUGUUUUUCUUUGCCUCCUGUCCCGGGCCCCAGCCGGCUAUGGAGGCUCAGCAACUUGAUCAUGGCCGUCUUCUUCGCGCUGGCUGGAGCCGUUCAGAUCAAUGACCCCGAUCCUGGACUCUGGAUAGUUGUGUACUCUGUGCCAGCAUGCCUUGCACUGAUAGUCAGCCUUAAUCCACCAAUCACAGAUAACAUUAUGUGGAGGAGUAUAUCAGAUCUACAUUCAGCUGCUUGUGUUGUGGGUUCUGCUGUGUUGGGAUAUUCCUUGGUUACUACUGCUCAAAAUAACAUCUUGCAUGAGGAAGAAGGCAGGGAGUUAUUUGGUCUGGUGAUUGUUACUGCCUGGAUGAGUCUUUGUCGUAAUUCAGCCAAAAAUUCCCUGGGUGGAUUUCACUUGAUCAUUGCAAUUUUCCUCUGCCUUUUUCCUUUUGUUAUGUGGUUAUACAUCUAUGUGAAUACAGAAAUGCGAGAAUCAUGGCCAUCUCACUGUAAAACCGCAAUUUAAAAUAAUGGAAAGCAUCAAGAAUUCCAUGAUUUCAGAAGUUGCUUCUUUACUGAUGCUAAAUGAACAGGAACCACAAAUAAGGCUAAUUAUUUCCCAUGAAGACCAGUUUAUCUAAAGUGCUCCUGAAGACUGAAAACUCGAAGAUAACUGAAAACUGAAUUUCGUGGAUUAUGACCUUUGUUUUCAACUGCAUUAAAGCUAGUUGGUUCAUGAUUUCCAUUUUAUUGUGUGGUCGACACACGCAAGAGGUUGGACUGAAUAAAUCAGUGUCUCUGUGGGAGAUGCCUAUAGUUUGAGCUUCAUGCUGAAGCAUAGGCUGAAGCCAGACAACAUCAGUGGAGGAACUGUUGUAUAUGUUGUAUAUAUUUAUGAAAUGUAAAUAAAUAUAUUAAUUUGAUAAGGA